CGGAGUUUGAAGUCUAAAAAAUACUCAAGAGUGCAGUGUAGUGUUUCCUCUCUCCUUCGUUUCGGUCCGUUCAUCUCCCUUUGCGCAAAUUGCAUUGCCUUUGCCCACAGCAAAGCAAACAAAUAGAAAAGUAGAAAACAGCUUCGCAACGCACCCAACGUAUUACGUAUUCGUAUCUGUAUUUGUAUUCUUACUCUUCGCCACUUCACCUCCUUGGGCCCUUAUGUACGUACAUAUAUCUUGUUAUUGUUUUGGAGGAAAAAAAAAAUAUCAAAUUAAAUAGCAAAAAAUAGAGGGGUUUUUGUUUCCUGGAAUAUACUGGUUCCUCUUCUGUUCUGUAUGCUAGAUUGCUAGUGUGUGUGUUUGUGUUUGUUUAUGUUACCCAUUAUCCUCUACUUGACCUUCCAUCAAUCGCAAUUCAAAGUAUUUCUACCAAACCUUUAACCCUUUCUUCACCGCUUUCCUCUGAUCUCUCACCCUAUCCCUCAGAUCUAUGCCGUUUUUGUUCCCUUGUCGUUUCGAUCUAUCUCAUGACUUCUCUACGCACCCUACCCUAUCGUUUUGUUGAAACAGAACCACCGUUUUUUCCUCAGAUUCUCUUUCCGCCUUUGUUUCCGUUUUCUUCUCCUUCUCCUACCACUUGAACAACCUCUCCACUCUCUGAUUGAUUAUCGGUUUCACGAAUCUUCUUCUCUUUCGGUUCUGAGUAAACUAUAGUUUCCGAAUAUGGAUUUGGAUGAUUUCCGAUCCAUAUUGGAUACUGCCGGCGUUGACGUUUGGCUCUUCAUCGACACCGCCAUCACCGUCGCCUCCUUGGAUUGCGGUGACGAGCUGAGGCGACGGAGGGAUGGAAUCAUAGAACGAAUCUUCGCUGCCACAACACCUCCUCUGCCGUGCCGGAACUGCGACGGCGAUCGUAACCUGAGGUCCAAUGGCCACCAAAUCAAGAAACGCCUCAGCCCUAGCCCUAGCCCUCAGCGACAACACAGCCACCACCAGCAACGUCGUGGUGGCCGUGGUGCCGCCGCUGCAGUUUCUCCCUCAACGCCGCAGUCUCUCGGAGAUGAUGAUGACAACGGCCACGCCGACGCCGACGCCGCCGAAGACGACCGUGAAGAUUUGGAUCCUUACGGCGGCUUGUUCGAUGAUGAGCAGAAGAAGAUUCUAGAGAUUAAAGAGCAGCUCGAAGAACCUGACCAGUCUGAAGAAUCGUUGGUGGAGCUGCUGCAAAAUCUCGCAGACAUGGAUAUUACAUUCCAAGCGUUAAAGGAGACUGACAUUGGGAGGCACGUGAAUCGGUUGCGGAAGCAUUCCUCCAAUGACGUUCGCAGAUUGGUGAAGCUACUUGUGAGGAAGUGGAAGGAAAUUGUGGAUGAGUGGGUGAGGUUGAAUCAACCGGGUGGAGCAGCUUCUCUCAUGGCUGAUGGGGACUCUCCACCGCUGAAAACCACCCAAAACGGGCAUCAUCAGAUUCCUGAUUUUGCAUACUCGCCAAAUCCACACAAUGGAAGUUCUGGGUCUGACCGUAACACCUCAGAGGCAGAACCAAAACCAAAAGUGAUUCCCCGCAAAGAAGCUCCGCCAAAACCAACGCCGCCACCUUCAGUCCCUACUCCUUCCAUCGCCUUCCAAAAUAGACAGAGAGAACAAAGAGAUAGAGAUUUUGACGCGGAGAGGCUUGCUUCGGCAAGGAAGCGGCUUCAAGAGAACUACAAAGAGGCUGAAAAUGCGAAAAAGCAAAGAACGAUUCAGGUGAUGGACAUCCACGAGUUACCAAAGUCAAAACCCAAGAAUGCCUUCUUUGGAAAGAACAAAGGCAGUGGCGGUUCUCAGGGAAGGCACUGGUGAUGGUCAUGGUGAUUCCAAUUACCAUGUUCGAUUCUUGGUACUAGCCAGCCAUGUAACGUUUUAAGAAAAAGAAGGGGCUUGUGCCUUGUUGGGUGGGGUGAUGCCGGAUGAAAAUUCCUAAACCCGCUUCACCCCUUGUGAAUUUUUCAUCCCCAAACCUAUUAUUUUUCUUGUGGUUUCUAUUUACUUAAUAAUAACCAACGAAAAGAAAGAAAGGAAAUUCCAAAAUAAUUUUUUUCCUGGAGAGGGAACUAACGAAACCAAUUUUUUGAAGCGCACAUGAUUUUCUGAGCCAGGAAUCAGGGUAGUAUGGAACGGAAACGUUUUUGGGUCGGGGAGUAGGGGUUGUUUUUAAUCAUUCAAGUAAUACAUUUAAUAACAAAACCAUGGGAAUUUUGGAGUGAAGUCUCAAGUAUGUUGCGUUAAUGAAUAGUAGGCAUCUGUUUUUGAAAGCAUCAGCCAAGGACUCAAGAAGUGAUGAACAGUUUUUACACGGGACCGGGUUGGGUAGGUGGGAGCCUAGUUGGUUCUGUAAUUAAUAAAUGUGUUGAGAUUAUUAAGAGUGCAUAGUUGACAUAUGCGCACGACGUGGCUCUUUUCUUUACGUCAAGCAACACAUAACAUGUCUUUUAGGAUUCGGUUGUUCACAUGAGCUGUGCUUGGAUCUUCUGUGGUAUUGGCCUGUCUGCUCCUGUUGUUUUGUUAAGUACGUCAAACCAUGAAAAAGUCUUCCUCUUCGCUCCCAAUGCUUUUCAAAAAAAGAAAUUUAAGCCACCUAAAAUGUCAGAUUUUAAGAAAAACUCAUAGCAGACUUUUCCUUCUGGCGGAUUGAGUCGUUUCUAAACCAAUCAGCUCACAAUAUUUUUAGGUUAACGUUUGUGUAGGGGAAUUUAACGAUUGCUCAUAAAAUUAAAACUCAAAUUAGGGAUAGCAAUGAAAAUAAAAUCCGUAAGCGUAGGUAUUCGUGAGGAUAUUCGGAGAUGGGGAUGAGAGUGGGGG